UAGGCGAGCCCUCCGCCCUCCCCGCGCUCCACCUGCCCAUAAAUAGGCCAGGCGCAGGGGGCGCGCAGCCAGAGCGUCUCCAGAAGGCAGCACCGGGCAGAUCUCUCGCUCCUGCGGCCGAGGCACCAUGACCAUGUACUCCAGCAGAAUCGAGCUUCCCAGGAGGGGGCGAUCCUUCGACUCCAUGAACACCAGCUUCGACGAGAACCAGCUCAACAACGAGCUCCACAAGUCAAACUAUACCAUGAAUGAAGACAACAAAGAGAACAAAGACAAUUCGUCUGAAAGGGGUCAAGCUGCUGUCAUUUUUUCCUUAAAGAAUGAAGUUGGAGGACUUGUCAAAGCCCUUAAACUCUUUCAGGAGAAACAUGUGAACCUGGUACACAUAGAAUCUCGAAAAUCCAGAAGAAGAAAUUCUGAGUUUGAGAUUUUUGUUGACUGUGACAGUAACAGGGAACAGCUCGAUGAGAUCUUCCAUCUCUUGAAAUCUCAUGCCAAUGUUGUAUCUGUGAAUCCAACGGAUAAUUUAACUGUACAGGAAGAUGAUAUGGAAAAUAUCCCCUGGUUCCCUAAGAAGAUCUCAGAUUUGGAUAAAUGUGCAAACCGUGUUUUGAUGUACGGAUCUGACCUGGAUGCUGACCAUCCAGGUUUCAAAGACAAUGUCUAUCGCAACAGACGGAAGUAUUUUGCAGACCUGGCUAUGAAUUACAAACAUGGUGACCCAAUUCCAAAAGUUGAAUUUACCGAGGAGGAGAUCAGGACUUGGGGCACUGUAUUCCGAGAGCUCAAUAAGCUCUACCCAACCCAUGCUUGCAGAGAAUAUCUUAAAAACCUGCCUUUGCUAACCAAAUACUGUGGGUACCGUGAAGACAACAUACCCCAGCUGGAAGAUGUAUCACUGUUCCUAAAAGAGCGCACUGGAUUUACCAUCCGCCCAGUUGCUGGAUAUCUAUCACCCAGAGAUUUCUUGGCAGGCUUAGCAUUCAGAGUAUUUCACUGCACUCAGUAUGUUAGGCACAGCUCAGAUCCCCUUUACACACCAGAACCUGAUACCUGUCAUGAGCUUUUGGGCCAUGUCCCUCUCCUGGCUGAACCCAGCUUUGCUCAAUUCUCUCAGGAAAUUGGCUUGGUGUCACUUGGAGCAUCUGAUGAAGCCGUUCAAAAGCUGGCAACUUGCUACUUUUUCACUGUGGAGUUUGGGUUGUGUAAACAGGAAGGCCGACUAAGAGCUUAUGGAGCUGGCUUACUCUCUUCUAUCAGUGAACUGAAGCAUGCUCUUUCUGGAAAUUCCAAAGUCAAGUCCUUUGAUCCCAGUGUCACCUGCAAGCAAGAAUGCAUGAUUACAACAUUCCAGGAAGUUUAUUUUGUUUCUGAAAGCUUUGAAGAUGCAAAAGAAAAGAUGAGAGAGUUUGCCAAAACAAUCAAGCGUCCCUUUGGAGUGAGUUAUAACCCAUAUACACAAAGUGUCCAUAUCUUGAAAGACACAAGAAGCAUUGCUAGUGUGGUGAAUGACUUGCGCCAUGAACUGGACAUUGUCAGUGAAGCUCUCAACAAGAUGGGCAAGCAGCUGGGAAUUUAAUCUCUCCAAAUCAUCAGCCACUUUCAACUCAGCAGUUAUGGAUUUUAUCCCCACCAAGGCACAGAGAAGAUACGCUUUUGUGCUUAUGCAGAAUGCCAUUUUCUAAAACCAAAGGACAGACAAAGGAAAAAUAUUUUGUUUGUUUUAAUUUAUGGUGUCCUGAAAGCAUUUUUAAUCCAUUUUAAAGCAUUUUAAAUUAUA